AUGACCCAAUUCUUCCAAGAAAUCACGGGUUACAACGACGCCGACGGGUCUCUACGCAUCACCUUCCGCGCCUUUGGCAACACCUCCGCCGAAAAAUCCGUAACCAUCCCCUUGAACCCAGACACCUCCAAGCUCGAACCCUACGAGGUAAACCUGCACUCCAGCCCCGCUUCAGGCUACAAGAUGCCCGCGCACUACAACGCGUGGUUCUCCGAGUGUUUCGGGUACGAAGUGAUGCUCGUGUAUCUCGGCGCCAACACGCGCGCCGUCCUCUUCGAAGACAUGCAGCCCAUCGAGCCGGACCCACUAACCCGGUUCCUGCGCGACAAGCUGCCCUUCACAAAAGGCUACGUCGAGCGGCUCAUGGGCCUGCGCCAGACGUCGCAGUGGCGCAUCGGCUUCGCAGACUGCGCGCCGUACCUCAUCUGCUCGCAGACGUCGCUGGAAGACGUGUCCUCGCGGCUGCCGGAGGGUGAGGAAAUGGACAUCACCAAGUUCCGGCCAAACAUUGUGAUCGCGGGCGCGUUUGAGGCGUAUCAGGAGGACUUCUGGGGGAAGCUCAAGAUUAAUAAUCGCACCGAGAUUGUCAUGGCGCACAAUUGCGUCAGGUGCAAGAGUAUCAAUAUCGAUUAUGAGACGGGGAAGCCCGGCGUGGGCGCAAAGGGGGAGGUGCUCAAGCGGCUGCAGAAGGAUCGCAGGAUAGAUAUUGGGGCCAAGUGGAGUCCUGUGUUUGGCAGGUAUAGUUUCUGGGGCGUCGGGGAGAAGAGCGAGGUUGUGAGGGUGGGGGAUCGGGUUAAUGUGAGCAAGGUGAAUGAUGGGCUGACGAUUUGGAGUUGGCCGGGGUUGGCUUGACGGGUUGUAGGGAAAUAGAGGACAGAGAUGCAUGUUCUUCUACCAAUUUACACUCGUUUUCCGAAAA